AGCAUUCUACAGAGCAAACAAGCAAGCCUCCCCCCCUCCCAAAAGGAAAACGAAAGAUAUGCGCAGAGCGUGGUCGACCACUGCGCAGCGGUUUCAGCUGCUGCGUCCGUAUAGUAGCUCCUUUAGCCCUUCUUUAGCUCUGCUACAGCGCGGAAACCCAGGACGGGACGGCGGCUCUCGCUACGGCAACGGCACUCCACCGCCGAGACAGCAGUACCCGCCGCAGCGAGGUGGUAGUUAUGGUGGUCGCGGUGGUGGCGGAGGCAACCGCCAGCAGGGUUACAAUGACAGAGAACGAGGUGGCUAUGGUGACAGCCGCAGGCAAGGUUUUGGUGAGCGUCAGCGGGGCUACGACGACCGUCCGCGCGGCUCAUUCAACCGCAACGGCAACGCGGGUAAUCGUCGGCGAAGCGCAUCGGACUACCUCGCACAGGACGCAGAGACGCUGCUGCAGAUGAAGCAAGCAUACAAAGCGUCCAAGUCGUUGAAGGAGCGGGUACAGAUCAUGCGCGAAGCUCGCCGUCUCGCUCGCAGAGUGCACGUCGACGUGUCCACACAGGACGAGCGAUCUGUCAUUGUGUUCCUCAACUGCGCCGCCACCUUCCACAUUCACGUGAACGACGGGGUGGUGGAGGCAUCACAGUGGGUGCAGGCCAACCUGCGCGGGCUGUCGCCCCACAGCGUCGCGCUGUACGCCAACGCGCUGGGCUUGCUGAAGAUUGAGAAGAGGAGAGAGGUGUUUUGUGCGACGGUGGUGCCUCAGUUGCCUUCUCUGAUGCGUGACAUGACGCCAGUUGAGGUGGUCAUGGUGUUGCAGGCGUUUGAGCGCCUGCACAUCAGAGACUGCGAAGAGUUGAUGGAUAAGCUUCUCUUCCAGUUAGAGCCGUGCAUUCCGACGAUGCCAGUACCGCAGCUAUCGACGCUGGCGGAGGUGCUGAAACGGUAUUCAUUGCGCUUUCGCAACGAGGAGAAGUGGCAGCAGGUGGUGCAAGCGGUGAUGAGUCGCGCGUUAGAGUCGGUGGAGGGGAUGCAUUCGAAGGAGGCGAUUACAUUCCUCUGCGCGGCGCCCCAGUUUGGGCUCCCACCGGAGCAACUCUGCCCUCUUCUCGCACGAGCCACCGCCACUGCCGGUUUCCACACUGGCGAACAAGUUGCCGAACUGUUCCAUGCUAUCCACGCGCUUCACAAGAGAACGCCCGAGCUAACAUCGGAGGUGGAAGCCGCAGUGGCCGCCCUCUGCAAGGCGUUGGUCGCGCGGCUCGAAAAAGUGGCAUCGUUUUUGACAAUUGAUGACGCGGCCUUCAUUUGGUUGAGUGCGGCGGGGAUCGGCGCCGAGUUGCCCGAUAGCGUUGUGCAAAUUAUGUGCGAUGCCGUGCGCAAAAGCUUGAUCUAUCGAAGACUGCGAUUGUAUUCGUUAGCGCAUUUUGCGAAUGCUGCCGCUGCGUUUAAACUGCCCUCACCCGAGUUGCUGGACAUGGUGGCAAAGUACUCCGUGGGUGAGCGGCCACCGCGCCCGCAGAAUGCUGCGGCAGCGGAGGAACACCACGAGGACCCAGAGGCGGAUGAGGAGUUCGAGAAUCUACGUGCGGCAACGCUGGAGUCGUUGUACGGGCGUUGCUUCGACGACUACGUAUCAAUACGUCUCGGUUUGGAAGAGGCGUACGCGAAGAUAGGCGCGAAUCCGCCAGCGGCGCUGACGACCAUACUGCCUGAGCGCCUGCUCCAGCACAUCCCCGAUUCUCCUGCACGCUUGCUCUUGGCGUCUGCGUGGGACAUCUUAGCAAGGCCGCCGGGGUGCCCGUGUCGCAACGUGUCCAACGAUGAAGCGUUGUACCAAGGUAUCUUGAACGACAUCGCCCGCACGCCCGAGAAGUAUAAGAACCACCUCACCCCUGCGUUUGUUGCGAAGUUGCAGCAGAAGCUGGCGGGCAACGCCAAGGGUGAAGAGGUCGUCAAAGCGGUGCAGCGCGCGUUGGAGUAG